AUGUCUCUCGCGACUGGAUUCUACGUCUGGGAUAGUGGAGCAGUUGGUUGGUUGGCUACACUCGAUUUGCAGUACGGAGACGGUACACCACCGUAUGCACAGACGCCAUUACCAGCCAUGAGCUCGAUCGAGCCUUACGAUGUCAUCCUGCACCUCACAUUACCCGCAACGUCGGCGAACUACGAGUUGGGGAACUUCAUGGCGUCAUUGACCUUGACGACGAAUAAGAACAGGACCGUGACCAACGUGCGAAAACCGACUAUCAUCAUCCCUCCGACUCAAUAUCUGCCGUUCAGCGCUCCCAAAAAGGUUCGCGUGGACGUGCCGUUCUUGAAAGACUAUGUUUCGGGCACGACAAAUUUAGUCGCCACUAUACAGCUUGGUCGCAAGGACGGGUGGAAGAGCAUCGGGUCUGGUGUAGGGCGGGAAGUGAGCGUACUCUCAGCAUCGCUUGAAGGUGUAUUGAAGUACAGAGGCAUUCGCGGUCUUGUGUCCAAAUACCCCAUUUCAGCGGCUGCUGCCGCAGCCGCAGCGUUCUUCAUCGUUUCAUUCUCCACUGUGGCACUAUUGCUCGCUCCCGCGAUCUUCUGGCAGUAUCAAGACAGUGCGGGCGAAGAGGUCAAGACUGAAGCUCCCACACCAUCCCCUGCCGGAGAGAAGCCCCGAAGACGCUCGUCUCUCAAACGAAGUAGCAGUCGCGGGGCCGAUGAAGGUAUCAAACAUGAGCCAGAGGAUGUUGCAAUGCCUUCAUCAAGCUCACCGGGGACACCCUUGCGACGUCGACGGUCAAGAAUAUCUGAUCGAGGAGACGAAGAAUGA